AUGGCAAAGGCAACAGAGAAACUGAAAACUUUUUAUAAAGAUUUUAUUGAUCGUGGGAUUGUUUUUGAGCAUCGAGGCGAGUUAAAAAUGACAAAGGACGGUUCGGCGGAAUCAUUUGACGAUUUUUCCGCUUUUGACCCAGCUGAAAAUGCAGUGACAGUUCUUGGCUUCCCGAAAUGCGGCAAUCAUUUGAUGCUUUCGAUUCUUGAUCAACUUGGGAUUCCCAGAUGCGAGGCCUUUAUCGAGAAGGAGAACAGAGACGAGCUUAUGAUGAAGCUGAUGAAGCCAUUGGAUUUCAAUACGAAAAGAGAGUUCGAUUUCAUGGAGAAAAUCAUCAGUGAGCAAAAAGGACCUGUCGUAACUCCGCAUUGCCACGCUUCUGUCGAGCUCUUUCCGAAAAAUUACCAAGGAAAGAUCAUCUUCAUCACCAGAGACAUAGAAGCAGUGGCAGUCUCAGCCUUUCACUUCUUCAACAAGCUUCCGUGGCUCACCGAGUACAUGAGUUUCUACGGUUUGAAAGAUGAUAUCAACGUUUUCGCCCGACAUGUUUUCAACGGAGAAAUGAUUUAUGGAGACCCAAGAGAAUACGAUCAAGAAUGGAAGGAUUACUUCGCUGCAAAUCCGAAUAUUCAAGUCGAAUGCUUCAAAUACGAAGAUGUUCUCUCAAACAAAGCUGAAAACAUCAAGCGACUGGCGAAAUUCCUGAACGUUGAAAAUCCAGAUAUCGAAAAGAUCAUGGAAAAUACAUCAGUGAAGAAAACCGUCGAAAACCGGGUGAAGGUUUUUGAAGCCGCCGGAAAACCGUUUCUAGAAGCCCCUUGCUACCGAGAGGGAAAAAAGGAAUCAUGGAAGGAUGUUCUUACUGCUGAAAACUCACAUUUGGCACUGCGGGACGGAGACUGUCUGGAUCGGAUCCAAAGGGACACAAAUGAGAUGCGCAACUGCUUACAAAUAGGCGAUGUAAUUUCGAUUUACGCAGAUGGCUCUGGUUUCAUAUCGACUCUCGGGCUCGUUGAUGAUCGAUGUGUUACGAAUUCCGCGGCUGGGAGCUUACAAAGUCCGCCUAUAAAAUAUCGCGAUUGUCUAUUCCGAAUCUGUCCGCCAUGCCGCUACUCCGCCCAUCGACAAUACUGGCGUUCCGUAAAGCCUGGCCAGUCCCGCCUCGUCGAGGUCUUCGUCCGGAAGCUCUCAGAAGCGGCAGAUGUGGAGCGCGAACAAAAUGAGAAAGAGAAGAAGAAGCAGCACGGACAAGAGGUGCGCUACGGGCAGAUUGUCCAACUGCUCCAUGUCAAGAGCAACAAGUAUCUGACGGUAAACAAGCGCCUUCCGGCCCUGCUUGAGCGAAAUUCAAUGCGUGUCAUGCUCGAUGGAGAUGGAAACGAAGGCUCCUGGUUCCAGAUUCAUCCGUUCUACAAACUGCGAUCGCUGGGUGACAAUGUGCUCGUUGGAGAUAAGGUCGUUAUCAAGCCGUAUUCAGCAGAUCAGGUGCUUCACGCGUCGCCAGAAGUUUUGAGGGACUUUCCGGAAUGUAUGGAGGUCAAUGCUAGCAAUGAGCCGACGAAUUGGAAGCUCACGCUCUUCAUGAAACACAACGAAAACAUCCCCGGAAUCCUCAAAUCUGGCGACGUCAUCCGCCUCUUUCACACGGAGCAAGAAAAGUUCCUUACCUGCGAUACCUACAACGGAGAGGACUACGUCUUUCUCCGAACGACUGCUCGCAGCUCUGCUCAAAGCGCGACAAGUCCGAAAGCGUUGUGGGAAGUGGAAGUGAUCGAUUCCGAUCCGUGCCGCGGCGGAGCGGGAACUUGGAGCAUUUUGUAUCGUUUCAAGCAUUUGGCGACGGGAACCUAUCUUGGAGCAGCGGCGCUGAACUCGUAUUCUGAAGAUGUCCAGAGCGCGUUCAUGAAUCGGCUGCGAAUCGACAAGUCUAGCACUGAUAUCACGCAUCACCUGAACGUCACGAGGAAUACCAAAGAUAUCAACACGAUCGACGAGUAUUUCGAUCGACAGAGAAAAGAGAGGCCGUGCAUGAUGCUGAUCGGCACUUCCGCGGUCAAAGAGGACAAAGAAGCGUUCAAAAUCAUCCCUGUGGCACCAGAGGAAGUUCGAGACCUGGACUUCGCUGCUGAUGCAUGCAAAGUGCUCGAAGACUUUACAAGCCAGUUGAAAAACUCGUCCGAAGUCGCAGUUGCCGAGAGAAAGAACGUUUUGAAGCUGCUGGACGAUAUCAUCUGCUUCGUCUGUCGGGCUGAGCGACGCGAUAACGAGGAUUCCGAAACGAUUCAAAUGCACAGUAUUGAGAAAGCGAGAGAGCGACAGAAGCUGCUGAGAGAGCAGGGAAUUCUGCGCGAGAUUUUCAAGAUUCUUGAGGCGUUCAAAGAGCCAAGAGGGAAUCAGGAAGAAGUGAUUGUCGUCCCGCUGAGUGAGAUAAGAGAUAGUAAGCAUCAGUGCUACAAGAGAAUGCUCAGAUUGUGCUACAGGAUUUUGAGGCAUUCUACUCAGGACUAUCGAAAGAGCCAGGAAUACGUCGCCAAGAACUUCUCGCUGAUGCAAAAGCAGAUUGGCUUCGACAUCCUGGCCGAGGACACCCUUGCCGCGCUGUUACACAAUAACAAGCAGCUGCUCGUCAAACAUAUACGAAGAAAAGAAAUCGACAUCUUCGUGGAUCUCGUGCGGCGAAACAAGCCAGAAUACAGAUAUCUGAAUUACUUGUCCGACCUGUGCGUUUCACAUGAAACAGCGAUAAAUGUGACGCAAGAUUUGAUCGGAAAUGUGCUUUUGAAAACGGAAGAAAAUCGAAAGCUGCUGAUAAGAACGAAGAUUAUCCUGCCAGAAGGAAAGCAGCUCGAAGAUGUUUUCGAAGAAGACGAUGACGAGGAAGAAAAUGAAAACAUCAUUUAUCUCUGCUGGAAUUGGAACGAUAAGGAAGAAGAAAUUUCGCUCAGAGAACUUGUUAGGCAGUCAAGAGGAGAUGAUAACAACUCGUUCAAGAUGCUCUACUACUAUAAAUACCAAUUAGACUUAUUCUCCGCCCUGUGCUUCAACCGUCAAUACGUCGCGAUCCACUGUCUCCGCGAAGAACUCACUAUUCCAUUGAUCCUCACGUGCAUCCGUGACAAGCACCUUCCCGCCAUUCUUCGCGCUUCCUUCGUCAACCUUUUACUUCACGUCCACGUCGAUUGCUCACCCCAGGAGCGUGUCAUUCCCGUUUCUUACGCCCGCGUCUGGUCCGAGACGCCCAAAAUGGUCACAAUUUACGAUUACGAUCGCGAACAAGAGCGCGAUUUCGCCCACUUCGAUGGCGUCCUCAAAUUCGUCAAGGACUACCUAGAUCGGCUCGCCGAAGAUGGCUGGAAUACCGCCGACAGCGAUUACAACAAACUCACAUUUGAAAUCAUCAACCUCGCGUGCCAAUUAGCCCUAUUCGGCUUCUACAAUUUCGGGCAAUUACUGGAGCUUUCAUCCACUGUCUUGAGAAUCGUGGAGCGCCUUCACCAGCAACAGGAUCCUCAAUCUAGCAACUCUAGCGCGCCAACUGGCCCGGUUGGCUGGGCAGUUUCAAACGUAGCAAUGGUCAUGGGAAACGUCGCGCUAGGAAGUCACAUCACUAAUUCUACCGAGCAUCCGAACAAUCAACAGUCACAACCUCACAACUUCACCAAUCCUACUUCAACAAUCAAAUCCGAUCAAAAUGUCGUUCUUUCACUCGCUCGAGUCAUACAAAUCCUCGAUUUUGUCCUUGAUGUCCGCCUCGAUUAUCGCGUCACCGCCAUUCUCAGCUCCUUCAAAGAUGAAUUCGAGAAAGAAGCUUGGACAAAGGGCGAAACAGAAGGCGUAGACAUCAUCAAUCGUCGAGCAGACGAGCUGACGAAGGAGAGCAUUCGCCUGGACCUGGAUCAUUCCGGUGGGAAAAUGUUCCUCCGCGUCAUUUUCCUCCUCAUUCUUCACGACGAUCCUCCUUUGGUCUCCGGAGCACUGAAGCUGCUAUUUCGUCAUUUUAACCAGCGAAACGAGCUCGUGGAAGCGAUGAAGAAUGUCCAACUCCUGAUUUCCCAUUCUAACGUCGAUCAAUACAAACAGAUCAAAUACGAUGUCGAAGAAUUAAGCCGACUGACUCAAGAAUCCGAGCUCUGGAUCCCCGUUCAAGUUCCAGAAAGCCAGGAGGAAGAAAAAGAAGUCAAAGCAGAGCUAGAAAAGGGCAUGAAACGGGCUGGAAUACGAAAGCAAGACUCCAUCCUGAUUUUUGCCUCCGACGCGGCGCCGAUGAGAUCGAAUUUGUUCCAAAAACCGAAUACUGUCGAUUUCGCACGGCUGGAAAAAGCCCUCGAUCUUCCUGGCAACUCCGUUUCCUCCGAAAAUUAUAGAAAGCUGCAGGACAUUCUUACGCGCUGGAUCGAAAGCUGCCUCGAUAAAUCGCCCGAUGACAAGCACUCUCAGCAACGAUUGCUGCGAAAUCUCAAGGCUCACAAAGAAGUGAUCGAGUUUUUGAAAAGCUCGAGAGAUUGCAGCGACUAUGACGUUCGAAUUCAAGAGAUUCAGCGGCUCGCGCACAUCUUUCUCAUCCACUUUUGCCAGAAUAAUAAGGAGAAUCAAAAGCUCCUCCACCAGGAUCUCAAGAUCUUCCUUUCAAACAUUCACGAUGUCCUCGAUGCGCAGACAAUGACGGCAAUUUUCAAGGGCAACGCAGAACUCUGCAAUUCUAUGACGCUUUCAAUCGUCCAGCAGUUCGUUUCUUGCAUUGAAAAACACGGAAAGAGCGCUGAAUACAUCGACUUCUUGAUGACUGUCGUUCGCGAUUCGGAUAGAAAUCGAAAGCAGAUUCAAGACAUGGUGAUGAUCGAACUGAUGACCUCGCAGACGACGGAAGAUGUGCUGAUGUUCUACAAUGAUGGAGCGAGCUUCACGAGACUUGAACGAGCAAUGAAGCUGUCAGUGGAGAAUGGCCAGCUUUGCGGCGAACUUGAAUAUCACUGCGCCUUGGUCAAGCUUCUCUCCUGCUGUACCGAAGGAAAGAACUACAAUACGGAAAUUAAAUGUCAUGGGUUACUUCCGCUUGACGAUAUCACAAGCGUGAUCACUAACGAUUCUUGUCUUCCACAGCUCAAGCGCGUUUACUGCCACUUUCUCGUCCACUGCUACAUCGACACCGAAUCCGAGAUGAAAGAAGUCUACAACUCCCGCCAUAUUUGGGCCGUUUUCAAGACUUUCAUCAAAGACAUCAGGAAUCUUCUCAACGAAGAAGCGAAAAUCCCAUUCAUCGACAGCCUUGAAAGCUUUGUUAUGAAUGAAAUGGCCAUGGUCACUAGUGAAUUCCUCGGCUCCAAGUUCCUCGAGCCAUCUGCCAUCUCCGGCGAUUCAUUGAACGAGGAGAUCUUCCGCGACCUGGCGACAGCUUUCGUCGAUUUUUGUAAAAUUAGACGGCUCUCUUUCAGAGUCAAGACGCAGAUCAGCGAAAUGCUGCGCAUAAUCCAGCAAAAGGUCAAAAUGGCGCGCAUCGACAUGGGUGGGACGUUUGACGAGGAUCUCAAGCAGAUCGUCGAGGACAAAGCGAUCUCCAACGCGGCGAAUAAAUGGAAGAACAAAAUGAAACGCUCUAGAACGGCAGGAUCGAUUGGGCUCAGCCUUGAUGUCCCGUCGGAGCAGAUUAAAUAUCAGAAAAUCUUAAUGGGAUUUCAAACCGUCAUCGACAGCUGCGAAGAAUUUUUCUGCGAAUACACACAAGCCGAAGAAGAUGCGCUCGUCCAGCUGAUCUACCACUCCGAACUGCUUUUUCAAGACAAGUCCGACUACCGCCGCCGCUGUUCUGAUGGCGAAUUCAUCAAGAAGCUGAUCUCCCACUCUCGCCACACUCUCUGCCAUGAUCCCACAGCGCGUCACGUGAUUUCCGACGCAGCGCUGGCGCUUAGGCGUUCUAUUAUAAAAAGAGCAAAUCCACAUGAGGAAGAAGACCUUUGCAUCCGCAUUCUAAAGAUUCUUGUGGAACUGAUCAACUCGCAGAAAGUCAGCUAUUUGGAAGCAGAACUGGCGACAGAAGCAGAUGAAUCGGGAAAGCAAAAGAAGCUUACUCCUAGGCGCCAUUUGCUGAUUCAUUAUUUCAAAACGGGAGAAGAGAGUUCGCUGCAGAAGUUCUCAGAAAGGUCGCCGAAAGAACGCCUCAUCCAAAUCCAAAACUUCCUGAAUCGUCUGGGCGCUACUGAACUUUUCAUUCACCUGAUCCGCUUCACUAAAUCGGAUCGCGUCUUCGAAGAAGCUCUCAAUCUUGCCAUCACAAUCCUCGACGGCGGAAACAACGAAAUCCAGUCCCAAUUCCUCAAGCUAUUGAAGGUCGACUCGAAAGAUUCAGAACGGUUCUUCUCAGUUUUGAAAGAUCGAAUGGAGCAGAGCCAACAAGACAUCAAGAAUGGCAGCUCGGUGUCAACUGAUGAUCUCUUUGCGCUCAAGAAAGGAGGUGCUUCUUCCCACAGUGGAAUAACGAACAUGUCCCAAUUCGUCGCGGAAGAUAUGCACGAAGCCGCAAAUCUGAGCGCCAAAGCCAUCGAAUCCAUCCAACUUGGCUCCUCAGAAUACGUUGGCCGGACACUCGGCGUCGCUGAAACAGAGAUCAAGGAAGAGUGUCCGCUUACCAAUUCUGUACGCCUUAUGCAACCGCUCAUGCGUUUCCUCCAGCUAUUAUGCGAAAAUCACAAUCGAGACUUGCAAGGCUAUCUCCGCGAACAAAACAACAAAACGAACUUUGAUCUGGUUUCUGAAACGCUGAAAUUUCUCGACUGUAUUUGCGGAAGCACAACUGGCGUUUUGGGAUUGCUAGGAUUGUAUAUUAAUAAGAACAAUGUAAAUUUGAUAAAACAAGCGCUGGAAACGCUCACUGAAUACUGCCAAGGCCCUUGCUGCGGAAAUCAGCAUGCGAUUGCGAUGCACGAAUCAAACGGGCUUGACAUAGUCACUGCUAUCGUCGUGGACGACAUGGAGUCUCUCAAAGGCCAAGGACUCGACGAAGACGUCCAUGAAUUGAAGCUCUCUGCAUGUAAACUCCUUCUCGCUAUCAUCGAGUCGCGCCAAGACUCUGAAAUCUACAACCGAAUCUACAGGAGCGUUGGUCAAGGGCCGCGACAGCUGCUGAAGGCGAUGGUGGUCAGCUAUCAAAGUCGACAUUUGAAUUCGGCGGAAAUUGAGACUGUUGGACAUUCACUCUACAUUUUGCUCUAUCAGCUGUCGAAGAGAAAUCCAGAGAUCAAGGAGCUGAUGACGGAUGAAGGAGCGAUAACACAAGAAGAAAGCACUGCCGUAAAUUUCUACGCCGCUCGAACUGCUCAAAUCGAAAUCGUCCGUGAUAAAACUACAAUGGAGGAAAUCAUUUUCCCAAUCCCCGAAAUCUGUCGAUUCCUGACUGAAGAAACGAAAAAGACGACCUUCUUCGAAACGGAAAUGGACGACAAAGAAUCAAAAAUCGCCGAUUUCUUCGAAAGAUCGGAAGGAAUGUACCGCGAAAUGGCUUGGCAGGAGAGGCUUCAAGCGUAUCCGACGCUCAACUGGAUUACUAGAAGAAUUUCUACUUGGGAUAGGAUCGCGUUCUUGUUGGCUUUGAUUAUGAACUUGAUUGUCGCCUUCUUUUAUCCGUUCAAUGAUGAUCUGUUUCCUUGGGACUCGAGCUACAUCAGUGUCAUUUUCUUAUCCCUUCUCGCCUGUAUCGUCGGUCUUUUCUCUGAUUUCCGCGAGCGGGCUCUUCAUGGUCUUGCAAUAUCCUCCGUUCUUUGGCUUCUUGCUCGCAAGGGCCCAACUUUCGUCCUCGUUGUUCUCGGAUUCUUCAACAUCAUGAAUAAAGCAGCGUUCAUCGUAUCAUACGUUGGCAAUCGCGGCUUCCAGUAUGAUGACAGUAAUUUACUGAGCAUUUUGAACGAUCGCUCGUUGCUUUACCACUGUGCGAUGUUGAUGGUCUGUCUUAUCGGCUUCUGCUACCGUUCUUAUAGUUACAGUGUCUUGCUCAUGGACCUGGUCCAUCGAGAAGAAACACUGUACAAUGUGAUUCGAUCUGUAACGAGAAAUGGCCGGUCGAUUAUCUUGACGGCCAUGUUCGCCAGUAUCUUAGUCUACCUGUUUUCCAUCAUCGGCUAUUUAUUCUUCAAUGAUCAGUGUAUUGUGGAAAUCGAAACAACUAGAAGAUUUACCGAAAUGGUCAACGAAACCGUCGACGGAUUUGUUCAUCUUGUUCCCAGAGUAAUCGAAGAAGUAGAAACGAUCGAAGAAAACCACUGUGAAACCCUUCUGAUGUCAAUCAUCACCACUUUCGAUCAAGGCCUCAGAAAUGGCGGCGGAAUCGGCGACUUUUUGAAGCGAAUCUCAAAAGAUCAUCCUCAGUUUCUCUACCGAGUUCUUUACGAUUUGCUCUUUUACUUUGGAAUCAUCAUUAUCGUCUUGAACCUGAUUUUUGGUGUGAUCAUCGAUACUUUUGCGGACCUGAGGAAUGAGAAGCAGAAGAAGGAUGACAUCAUCAGAAACACCUGUUUUAUUUGCGGCCUGGAGCGGAGAUCAUUUGACAAUCGGUCGAUCUCGUUUGAAACUCAUAUACAGUACGAGCACAACAUGUGGCACUACCUCUACUUCAUCGUCCACCUCCGAACCAAGUCCCAAACUGAAUAUACCGGCCCUGAAUCAUUUGUCUCAACCCUCAUUCAACAAAACGACCUCAAAUGGUUCCCCAGACAUCAAGCAAUGUCCCUCCAGCUCCUUCCGACAAAUGAUGAUCAGCACGACGUCAAAGUUCUCUUCCAGCGCUUGGAAAAUGUUGCCGAAACCGUCUCCGGUCUAACCGAACAGCUUGAUGACUUCAAAAUACGAGUCGAAGAGCAAAGACGACGAAAUCAACGGCUUUCGAUCAUUAAAUCAUCGAUCCGGCAUGCACCGCGGCCAGUGUACAAAGAAAACUCAAGUGAAACCGCUCACGAUCGGCGCGCCUCGCUCCGCGUCAAAUUCGCCCAGCAACAAACCAAAUCAAUCGACUCUGAUCAAUUCGAAACCCAAGAAAACGACGUCUCACUCUACUAG